AUGGUUGCUGUGCAAUUACGUACGACCUGGAGAACAUUUCGACUCGGAUCAACUAAGAAACCGUUUCCCCCGCAUCUCUACAAGCCAUUUUCAACAACAGUAUAUCGCACCAUGUUGACGACACAAUUAUCUGAAGCUGAGGUGUCAGCACUGAGAGCCAACAAGGAAAGACUUGCGAAUGAUCUCCAUGAGUCAUGUCAAUGGGGAUUCGGGAUUCGCUGGGGCGAGGGAUCGACCGAUACCGGAAUGCAGCGUCUCGCCUUAUCUGAAGAAGACAAGAGCGUCCGGGAUUGGUUUAUCAAAACUAUGAAAGACCUCAAAUGUCAGAUUACCAUUGACGAGAUGGGCAACAUAUUCGCAGUUCGUCCCGGUCGAAGGACAGAUGUUCCCCCUACUUUCAUUGGCAGUCACUUGGAUACACAGCCCACGGGAGGACGAUAUGAUGGAAUCCUUGGGGUGCUGUCCGGCGUAGAAGCGAUCAAGAGGAUGGACGAAUUGGGCCUGGAAACCGAAGGAGGUGUAGGUGUCGUUAACUGGACCAACGAAGAAGGAGCCCGCUUCCCAGUCAGCAUGAUCGCAUCUGGUGUAUGGGCAGAGUCCAUUCCACUAUCGCGGGCUCACGAGCUCAAGGAAGUACCCACAGUAGCUUCGCUGCCCACAGCUAGCUCAGCCCCAGAAACGAUGAAGAGCGCACUAGAGAAGAUCGGCUAUCUCGGCAGCGUACCAUGCUCGUAUAAAUCUACUCCAAUGGCAGCUCACUUCGAAUUGCAUAUUGAACAAGGCCCGCAUUUGAUUCUCGCUGGCCAACGCGUUGGAGUGGUUACUGCAGUCCAGGCUUUCCGCUGGUUCCGACUGAAUGUCAUCGGACGAGACACGCAUACAGGAACGACGGCAUUCGAACACCGUGCCGACGCAUUGUAUGCAUUUGCUCAAAUGAUGGUGCGUGCACGAGAGGUCGCUGCUUCCAAGGGCUGUCUCGCUAGUGUUGGUAUUGUCGAGGCGAAACCCGGAAGUGUGAAUACUGUUCCCGGGGCAGUUAGCUUCAGCUUGGAUAUUCGUGGGCCUGAAUCUGCUUUAGUGGUCGAGGUCGAGAACCAGCUUCGUAGUGAUUUUGACGCCAUUGCUGCCGCAGAAGGUGCUGGCAUUGGCAAGCCCUGUCGUGUCGAUUGGUCGCUUGAAUUUGACUCGCCUGCGGUGAAUUUCCACAAGGACUGCAUUGAUUGCGUGCAAGAGUCUGCCCAUGCCGUGGUGGCGGAUGCGCCAGUGGCAGACACCAAGUCCUUAGUGCGGCCUAUGAUGAGUGGUGCUGGUCAUGACAGUGUCUUCACCUCAAAGCGGGUGCCAACGAGCAUGAUCUUCGUUCCAUGUAAGGAUGGUCUGAGCCAUCACCCAGAGGAGUUUUGUUCUGCAGACGAUUGUGCAACAGGAGCAUCUGUUAUCCUGCAGGCUGUGGUACGAUAUGAUCGAAGGAGAUUCACCUAG